AUGGUUUGUUUAACUAAUAUUCAACAAUUACUUCACCAAGUCAAAGAACAAGCCGACAAGAAUGUUAACAACGCUGAAGACGAAUGUUACUGGGUUGAUGAUUCCAAAACUUUUGAAGCAAAACAAGAAUUUGACAAACGCAAUGGGAAUGUAUUACUCCACAGAUUGAUUCGUGACUACGCUUCCUCAUCAUCGAUAAAAAACGGUAACCCUGGUCGGGCCUAUUUUUAUCACACUGGUUCCCUUCCUUUCGGUCUCAAUUCAAUUGAAUCACAGGGAUCAGCAGAUAGCAACGAUUCACCAGCUUCCAGGAAAGGUUUUCGUUAUGGCAGAAGUGUGGAAGGAUCAUUAAUAAAAAAUAUUUUUUAA